AUGCCAACUGACAUUAAUUAUAAUCAUGUAGAAGGUGUACAUGUUUUACUUGGUACAGUGGCAAUGCAAGGCCAUAUGAACCCAGUGCUCAAGCUUGCCAAAUUCCUUGCCUCAAAGGGUGUUCAUGUCACCGUUGCAACCACCGACGUGGCUCGGCACCGCCUUCUUAAACAAAACAACUCCGGCAUAGUCGCCGCCUCUGGAAACACUAAAAUCCAGCUCGAGUUCUACUCCGAUGGCCUCAGCCUUGAAUUUGACCGUAACGGUAAUGUAGGUGCCUUCGUCGAUUCCCUCCACACCACAGGCUAUGAAAACUUGUCGAAUCUCAUUGACUCCAUCAACAAAGAUCGAAAAAUUUCUUGCUUGGUUUUCAAUCCCUUCAUGCCAUGGAUGGCUGACGUUGCAGCCGAUCAUGGCAUCCCUUGCGCGGCGCUUUGGAUCCAAGCUUCAGCUAGCUACUCCAUUUACUAUCGCUAUUUCGAUAAUCCAACCCUGUUUGGUAACUUGGAAAAUCCAACCGGUCAGGUUAUAGAAUUGCCUGGAUUACCAAUAUUAGAGGUAAAAGAUCUUCCAACCUUAAUGCUCCCUUCAUGUCCCGCACCUAUUAAAUCCCAACUCUUCCAAUUUUAUCAAAAUAUGAAUAAGGUAAAUUGGGUUUUAGGAACUUCAUUUUACGAGCUCGAAGAGGAAAUUGUCGACUCAAUGUCUACCCUAUUUCCAAUUCAUCCUAUUGGUCCCUUAGUCUCACCGUUUUUAUUAGGGAAAGAAGAAGAAGAAACAGCUGAUUCACUCAAAAUUGAUUUGUUCAAAGUGGAAGAUUCAUGCAUUGAUUGGCUAGACAAACAGCAACCAUCCUCAGUCAUUUACAUUGCAUUUGGAAGCCUAAUAGUUCUAACACAGGAUCACAUAGACAACAUAGCCAAUGCGUUAAAGAACAUUAAUAGACCAUUUCUUUGGGUCAUGAAACCACCAGAAAAAGGCUCGAAAUCCAAAAUAGGCGAAUUGCCAUAUGGGUUUGUGGACGAGACCAAAGAGAAAGGUGUGGUGGUGGAGUGGUGUGCUCAGGAGAAAGUGCUCAUGCACAAGUCUUUGGCUUGCUUCAUGACCCACGUCGGAUGGAACUCGACCCUCGAGACUGUGGUUUGCGGUGUCCCCGUCGUUGCUUAUCCACAGUGGACCGACCAACCCACCAAUGCGAGACUAAUCGAGGAUGUUUUUAAGGUUGGAGUGUCGGUCAGACAAGGAGAGGAUGGAGUUGCUAGUGGAGAAGAGGUUGAGAAAUGUAUUAUGGAGGUAAUAGAAGGGCCGAAAGCAGAGGAGAUAAAGAAGAGAGCCUUGGAGUUGAAAGAGGCUGCCAAGAAAGCUGUGCAAAAUGGUGGUUCUUCUGAUAAGAAUAUCGAUCAGUUUAUCAGAGAAAUUAGUGCCAAACGAGUUUAA